AGGUCUGCGCGUGGGCGGAUCCGGCGAACGAUCCGCUUGCAAGUGGGGGUGGGCGGUGGCCGCUGCGUCGUGUGCGGGUCACUGCUUGGUGGGGCCUGGCGUUGGGACACCCGCAUCGCGAGAGGCGCGGAGUGGAGACGAUACGUAACCGCAGCUGCCAUUGCCAGCGAAAAUGAGUGAGUCAGACAGCAGCGCGCUGCAGCUGGUGGGCAUGUUCGCCCGCCGGGCCGCCGCCCUCGUCGGCAUCUACGCCGUCGGCUACCUGGGCUUCUCGCCGGCCUGGUUGGUGGGCGGCGUCAUCCUCUCCGUCAUGCGCGAGAAGUGGAAGCGCGAGAAGAGCACCAAGCGCGAAGUGUCGCGCGCCAUGGCGCUCAACAGCGAGCAGCUGACCCUGGCCAAGCUGCAGGACCUGCCGUCCUGGGUGCACUUUCCUGACGUGGAGCGAGCCGAGUGGCUCAACAAAAUGCUGAAGCAGAUGUGGCCGUUUGUCGGUGACUAUGUGAAGGAUCUCCUGAAAACACAGUGGGAGGCAAGCCUGGCUGCCACCAUGGCCGGAUACAAGCUGAAUAACUUUAAGUUCGAGAAGAUCUUCCUAGGCGACAUCCCUCCGCGCGUGGGCGGCGUCAAGGUCUACACGGACAACAUCCAGCGUUCCGAGAUGAUCAUGGACCUGGAGAUCUUCUACGCCGGCGACUCGAGGAUCGAGUGCAGCUUCAGCAGGAUGUCGGCCGGCAUCAAGGACUUCACGCUGCACGGCGUGAUGAGGAUCGUCUACAAGCCGCUGAUCAAGACCAUGCCACUGGUCGGCGGCAUGCAAGUGUUCUUCCUCAACAACCCCGACAUCGACUUCAACAUGCUGGGCGUGGCCGACGUGCUGGACAUGCCCGGCCUCAGCGGUAUCCUGAGGAACGUCAUCCUGGACACGAUCGGCGGCAUGAUGGUGCUGCCCAACAAGUGGCCCAUCGUGCUGUCGGACCAGAUCCCCACCAAGCUGGUCACGGCCUCGCAGCCCAAGGGCGUGCUGCGCGUGCGCCUGAUCGAAGGACGCGACCUGAUGAAGAAGGACCGCAACGUGUUCGGCCAGGGCAGGUCCGACCCAUACGCACUCAUCUACAUCGGCUCCAAGCAGUUCAAGACCAAAUACAUCCAGGACACGGUCGACCCCGUCUGGAACUACGUGUGCGAGGCGCCGCUGCUGCGGCCGGACGGCGUCCGGGCCCGCAUUGACCUGUGGGACUGGGACGCCAGUAAGCUGGACAAGGACGAUUUCCUGGGCAGAUGCAGCCUGGACGUGGCGGACAUCGUGGCCGCCGGCUCCCAGGACAUCUGGGUGCCGCUGGAGCAGGCCCGCAGCGGUCGUAUCCACCUGCAGCUGGACUGGCUGAACCUCUCCACCCGCGUGGCCGACAUCAAGGAGCAACUGAACGAGAUCGAGGACCUGUCGGCGUUCGACCACUCCGGCCUCAACUCGUCCGUGCUCACCGUAUUCAUAGACUCGGCCACCAAACUGCCGAUGGCGUCACGUGCGGCGGCUGAGCCGAAUCCCCUGGUGCGCCUGACACUCGGCAGCCAGAAGGAAGAGACGAGCUGCAAGUACCGCACGCUCGACCCCGUCUGGGAAGAGGGCUUCAGCUUCCUGGUCACCAACCCGCUGACGCAGACACUGACGUUGGAGGUGAUGGACAGCACCACGGACCGUCGGCUGGGUCACCUUCAGAUGGAGGUGAAGGAUCUGCUGCGUGAGACCAAGCUGGAGGUACACGAGAACCCCUAUCAACUGAAGGACUCCGGACCGAUCUCCAAGGUCAUUCUCUCCAUGCAGCUGCGGAUUCUGACGCACGACAAGGUGGAGAACACAGAUGACUUGGAUGCCAGUCUGCCGUCUGCUCUGAAGAAUCAGCCCGUGGCGCCGGCGCCUACACCAUCGGGCGACGGGAACACGACGGGCGGCGGGGACGCGGCGGCACCCAGUCCGGCGCGGCCCGAGCCGGCGGCGGGGGAGCCGGCCCGGCCGGAGCCGGUGCCGGCCCAGACGCGGGAGGCGGUGGAGAGCCUGAUCCAGAACCUGUCCGGAGACGCGGCCACCACCGAGUCCGGACUGCGCCAGAGGAAGCCGGAGAAUCCGGCCGGCAAGUACCGGCUGGGUCGGGUGGAGCUGACACUGCGCUACAGCGAGACGCGGGGCGCGCUCGUCAUCGUCGUCCACAAGAUCUCGAGCCUGCCCAUGCAGGGCGACGACAUCCCGGACCCGUACGUCAAGACGUACCUGCUGCCGGACCGGUCCGAGGACAACAAGCGCAAGACCAGGAUGCUGAAGGACCAGUGUGACCCGGUGUACGACGAGACGCUGGAGUACUCCGGUCGGCUGAACGAGAUGAGGAUCCGCCGUCUGGAGGUCAUGGUGGUCAGCAAGAAGACAUUCGCCCGCAACCCCACGCUGGGAAUGCUGCACAUCGACAUGAGCGAGAUGGACCUGACCUCGGGAGUGACGCGCUGGUUCGACUUGGAGCCUGAGGACCGGUUCGACUCGUAGAGGCGCCCCGGCAGCGGCCGCCGCGCCGGCCGGACCGGGCGCUCCGGGACGGCUCGCCGGCCGCGGCUCCUCGGGCUGCGCUGGCGCCCUGCGUUAUACGGACUCGCUGUGUGUCUCUCUGGUGGUGGGUAGUGCUCUUUCUUCAGUCGACUGCUGCUUCGCGGGGCCUCGAGAGCUCCACGUGUCCCGGCGUUACUAACUCCGUCCCGACUGUGGUUGCGCUUUGUGUAGAAUGAUAUGCGCGACAGCUGGAUGCCUGGACAUUUGCGGGACGUCACGUCCGCGGCGCUGAUGUGACCUCUCAUGCUCCGACUCCGCCGGCGACGGACGAGAAGUCCACCGCUGUCUCCCCCCCCCCCCCCCCCCCCGCUGACCGGUCGGCCCACCGGCUCCUGUGCGCUGCCGGAUAGCUGCUUCUGCCCGCUCUGCUCGGACGAGCACCUGCGCCUGCGCGCGACGCCGGUGCGGCUCCGGCACUGCCGGCGGCCACCGGUGGCCGCCGCAGCUCGCCGCCGCUCUUCGGCAUGGCUCGGUGGCUGAAGAGGACCAGCUGACAGAUCUGAUGACGUCACCGGCCUGCAGCUGGCCCGCUGGCGUCCGUUGCCAACUCAGAAUACCGCCAAAUAGACGGGCAUGCGGCUGAUAAAUCAAACGAUCCAGUUGUGCUUGGUAGUUUUGCGCAGUGGCGAUGGUGGUGGCCGAGUUUUGGUCCACGGCGGUCCUCAUAGAGACAAGUUGUCAAAAUAUGCGAAGGCCAGAGGCCUGUUGAUUUAUUUGUUGUUCCAUUGGUUAGGGCCAUUGAAGUGACGGGUGAUCUUGCGUGCUUUCGUCGGUGAUGCCUGAUGCAUACUAUAUCCGUACUUAUGCAAAUACACGCUUGGAGGACUGCG